AUGCAAGAAAAACGCCCUGUCAUAGGAGUUCACCAGGAGCUGCUGGUUACCUGGCGGCUCCUUUAUGCCAACGCCCGUGAGGGACUUGUUCUACCUGUCGUUGGCAUGCUGGCUCGCUUCCUGCCUACUCCUAGUCUACUUGACAGCACCCCCUGGCUGCAGCUCUUGUCCGUUCUCCUAAAGACCGUCUUCCUCUUCAUCUGCCAUCUCUAUGUCUUCGAGAUUGUCAACCAAGUCACCUCCGUCGAGGAGGACAGAAUAAACAAGCCUCAACGUCCUAUUCCCUCUGGUCUGCUCACGGUCGCCGGUGGUCACAAGCGUUGGGCAAUCAGCUGGAUCGUCUGUCCGCUCCUGGCAUAUUACCUCGCGGGCUCCCAAGCUGGCUGCCUCUUUAUCUGGUACCAGCUCUGGACGUGCUUCUGUUAUGUCUGGCCAAAGAUCAACCACUUUAUGUUCCGCAAUGCCUUCGCCUCUGUCGGGGUUUACAACAUGUUCCGGCUGAUCGACGAGAUUAUCCACAGCGAAGUUCCGUCCUUUCCUCUGCCGCCGAUCGACUUUUACCUCGUCCUCUCGGCCUGGGUCAUGCUCACCGUCCAUAUGCAAGAAUUUCAUGAUAGCGAGGGAGAUAAGAAAAUGAACCGCCAGACGUUGCCAGUCAUUGUUGGCCCCAGAUGGCAUGGAACUCUACGCUGGGCAACUGCUUUUUUGGUUAUGGGGACUGGAAUAAUGCCUUUGGUUAUUACUGGCAAGCUCUUUUGGGACGGUCGAGACAAGGAGUUUCUCAGCCAGCCUUGGAUAUAUAACGGCACCGUCAUCACCGCAAUACUGCAUGUCGUCUUUGCGUCUCUUUCGGGCCUUCGAUGCGCAUUCAGCUGGGGGAAAGCAGCUUAUGACCGCAAGACCUACAAGCGUUUCUACAUGCUCGCGGCAUACACCAUGGUUUGCUAUCUAUCCUUUGUUUAUUUGACCGUGUGA